GCCAUUAGAAAAUAUCACUUUUCAUUUCUUCUAAUCUUAAGCUAAUAUCAAAAAAAAAUAAUGCGGACUGCGAAAACUAAUGAAAUGCUGUGAAAACUAAAUUGAGCGGAAAACCUGACGAAGAAGUGUUCGAAUAAGUAUUGAUUCGAAGUUAAUGAAAAAGAAAGUAAAAGCACCAGAAAAUGGCCACACUUACAACUCCUGUUACCAAUCCCAAGCCUUUUCUACUGAGUUUAGUGGGCAAAGAAAUAAGUGUUAAAUUGAAGUGGGGGAUGGAGUACCAUGGGGUACUUACCUGUGCUGAUGCUUAUUUAAAUCUGCAGCUUCAAGAUGCUGAAGAGUAUAUUGAUGGAGCUUCACAUGGUUGUAUGAAAGAGCUUCUCAUCAGAUGCAAUAAUAUACUCUACAUUAGAGAGUAUACAGCCCCUGAAACAAGCGUCAUAGCCAAGGAGGAGGAAGAGGACGAUUAAAAAAGUCUUAUUUGUACAUUGGCAUAAGUCUCGUCUUUCAUCUUAAAGAAAAAUAUCUUUCAUUGAUGUAACAUAAAGCCAUAUACAUUUUUCUUGUAAUAUUAAAAUUUCUGUGUAAUACUUA